AUGCUUCACACACAGCCCAGUCCGCAUUCUCAGACCAGAAAACGGAUCCUGAUGCUUCAUGGGAAUGGACAGUCAGGUGAUUUCUUCAUGUACAAAACAAAAUUUUUGCAAAACUGGCUUAAGGCCGGCAUUCACGGAACCCUGAAGCAUGACUCCGAAGUAUCCUACGAUGAUGACAUCGAACUUUUCUAUGCGACAUCACCGCUACCUACAAGAAAUCACGAUAUCUGUCAGUCUUCAAAAUUGGAAGCACUUAUGGAACAAAAACGUGGUUACCUGGAGGAAAAUGACAAUAUGUGGACCUGGGGCCAAGGUGACCACAAAACCGAUCUAGUCACAGGGCUUGAAAAUUCCAUUGAGCAUAUCAUGGACAUACUCAACAAUCACGGUCCCUUCAUUGGAGUGAUGGGAUUUUCCGCCGGCGCGUCUCUUGCUGCGAUUAUUGCGUCUUUACUAGAACGGCCAAAACGCCAAUCAUGUUUCAAGUUUGAGACAAACCAUCCUCCUCUACUAUUUUCAGUCUGUUUCAGUGGAUUCGAGCUAUCGCAUCCAUAUUAUAAAGCCAUAUAUCGUCCAAAAAUUAGAACACCGGUUCUACACUUUAUUGGAACACUAGACCCAAUUAUCCCUCCAUCAGAUACAUUGCGACUGGUGAAACGAUGCCAAUGCACCGAGGUCUUUUAUUUUCCGGGAACCCAUCAUGUACCGCGCACAAUGGAUGUGGCUUACACUGUCGCAAUGUUCAUAAAAAAUCUUCUCAAGACCCAUGGCGAAGUCGAACGGGAUGAUGAUGAUGAGUGGGAAGAUCUUUAA